GAGAGGAGCGGGUCCAUAAACUUGCAGUGAGGACUUUCAUUCCAGGAAAAGAAUUGGGCAAAGUGACCUUGACACCUUUCAUUUUGUACAAAGUUGGAGUCUUCGUUGCUCAACUGACUCGGGCACUGGAAGACUUCUCUCACAGUUUCUUCGACACCUUUGACCAUAUUUGGAGUCUCAACCAUUUCCCGAAAGUCGCUAAGGGCUUAUUUGCAGUGAGAGAUGAAACUCGUCGUCGAAUCUGUGAAGAAGUUUUGGAAGCCUUCAACACAGAAGUCAUUCCACAGAAAGCUCACUUUCGCAAGGGUCAUAUCCAUGGGGAUCUCAACGUGGAAAACAUUCUGGUUUGCGAGACGGUGGGCCAGGGGAAGUCCUUCCGUGUGUGUGGACUCCUGGACUUUCAGCACAGCGCUUCCUCCUACCUCCUGUACGAGCUGGUGAUCUGCACGGCGUACGCCAUGAUGGCUGUCUCCACAGAGGUACCUCGCCCACUGAUCCCGGGUUACGUCCUAGCGGGGUAUUCAUCCAUCCUCCAACUCAAUAAAGCUGAAAGAAAAGUAUUUUACAACCUCAUAGCGUCCAGGAUGGUCCAGAGCUUGGUGUAUGGAGCUUAUAACGCCUACCUUGACCCAGCGAAUGAAUACGUCUUGUCGACAGCCAUGUGUGGAUGGGAAACUUUGAAACAAUUCUGGGAGACCCCAAGUAAAGAUCUUGAAAAAGAGUGGGGACAAAUUGUGGAGACAUAUGUGCCUUAAUAUAAAAACAAGAGGCACUGCAGUCGUUAUUGUUAAUUGCCAUAUCAAUUCACCCGUGUUAAUAUGAUAUUAUGUUUACAAUUCAGGAGAUGUAGUGAGGAAUAAUACACAGAACAGUAACUAAUAACAUUUUAUUUACGUAUUAUGCCAUAUAUGCCAUGUCAAUGCAACAGUGUUAAUAUGAUAUUAAAUAUGUUUACAAUUCUGCACAAGUAGUGAGAAAUAAUACUCAUUAACACUAAUUAUCGGCACCUUUAUUUGCACAUACCAUAUGUGUCAUAUCAGUACAAAUACUGGCACCUUGAUGUAAAUAGAUAGUGAUUUAGGGGAGCAUCUCAGUGUUUCAUCAAUAUGCGCUUAUGUAGAGCAGGCAUGGACAAACUACUGCACGCGGGCCAGCUCGGGCCCACGAUCGAGCAGUUUCAAUCUGGCCUGCGAGUAGACCAUGCUGUAGUUAAUAAUGUAAUAAUGAAUGUGGCAAACGUUGAGUUGAUAAAUGAUAAAAACAAAACUGUCUGUCUUUAAAAUUAAAAUCAGUAAUUUCCGCCCAAUAGAU